AUGUCCAUUCAAAGACUAUCUCUGAUUUUUCCUCUGCUGUUUAUCGGCUUCUUCAGAGAGAGCUUCUGCAUUUGUGACGGAACUAUCUGGACAAAGGUUGGGUGGGAGAUUUUUCCAGAAGAAGUGCAUUAUCUGAAAGUUAAGCCUUCUCCAUCUCACUGCCUACCCUACCCUCUGAACAAAUUAUGCUGCAAUUUUGCCAACAUGGAUAUAUUUCAAGGUUGUUUACAUCUGUUUUAUAUUUUAGUUCAAGCUCUCAUUUUAAUCCUGUCUGUUUUAUCUGUGCAUUACCUGUGGAUGAAAUGGAAGAAACACACAAAAAAGUUGAAAAAACAAGCCUCCUUAGAAACAUCUGGUAAUGAUCUAGAAAGCCUGUCCAUCUAUGACAUUGACCAACUACUCUGCAGACUGCUGGCCACAUCAAUGAUGACAAAGUACCUGAAGCAGGUGUCCCAUCAUCCUCUCUCUAAGAAAGCUAAGCACCGCAAAUUAAAGAAGAAGAGGAGUGGAAGGGAAGGAGCCAAAAGAUACUAA